UUGCCAAACAUCAUCACUAUGAAACUCCUCGUCCUGGUCGCGCUCUUCACCCCGCUGGUGGUCUGCUAUGACGCCAAGUACGAUUCCAUCGACGUGGACAAGGUCCUGGCCGACGAGGCUCAGUUCACCGCCUACAUCAACUGCAUGCUUGACAAGGGACCGUGCACGGUGGAGCACUCCGCUGAUUUCCGAAAGCUGCUCCCUGAAGUAGUCGCAACCGCCUGUGAGAAAUGCUCGGAUGUCCAGAAGGCGAACAUGAGAAAGUCAGUCAAAGCUCUGCAGGAGAGGAAACCGACCGAGUUCGCAGAGUUCAGGGCGAAGUACGACCCUAAGGGAGAACAUGAACAGAAAUUCACCGCUUUUAUACUGGAGUCCAAGUAAAUUAAAAACCAGAAUGCUACGUCACCUAUCUUCCUUAAAAACUCUGCAAAGACUACGGCUCUUGAAUAAAU